CGCAGACACGGAGCGGAUGUAACAUUUAUAGAAGACUAUGGAUGCCUCGGUUACAUUUCGUUUGAUUGUUUUCUUUUAUUUAUUAACUCAUAUCAGCGCAGAGUGUUUUCCAGGAUGCUCCUGUGGGACUGACCGUUAUGGGAGGUCACUCACGUGUAUGGAAACGCCAUUAUCCGGCAUUCCUGACGACAUACCGGCAGAUUUGACUAAAAUACGAAUAGAGAAAUCACAGCUAAGUGAACUACCAAAGGCAGCGUUUUCCAGUGCAAAGUUUCUAAAGCAUCUCUGGCUGAACUUCAAUGACAUCGCCAUCAUAAAUAUCAAAAGUCUGGAAGGUUUGGGUAACUUGACGGAGCUCCGGUUGCAGGGUAACAAACUGCGUUCAGUACCAUGGACAGCGUUUGAGGAAACACCCAACCUAAAGAUUUUAGACCUGAAGCACAACCGCAUUGACGCCCUCCCUGAACACGCUUUAAAGUUUCUUCCAGGCCUGACCUACUUGGAUCUGUCCUCUAAUCAACUCUCGGUCAUCUCUAAAGACGUCUUCCUUAACUGGCCUCUCUACCACGGAGAAAACAGGCAUGAACAACCUGCAGCGUCCAACGUUGUUUUGGCACUUAAUGACAACCCGUGGCUGUGCGACUGUCGCCUGGGAGGCUUCAUUGAGUUUAUCAAGUCGCUGAGUCCACCGUUCAUUCUAAUGAACUCAUAUUUGACAUGCUCUGCCCCCGAAUUCAAGGCAGGGAAGUUUUUCCACGAGGUCGAUCUAAAGACGUGUGUCAAGCCAGUGGUCACCGCCCCAGACACCAACAUCACCGUGCCGUUAGGCGGGAACAUCACGCUAACAUGCUUUGCCACGGCCAGACCUGAACCUGCUGUUCGGUGGAUAUAUGGUCUUAAGAUGCUAAGAGGAUUUCGUGAGAUUCAGAGCCGUGUGGAUGAAGACACAAUCAGGUCUCAGCUGAUCAUUCCUUCGCUCCAUCCAGCCGAUCGAGGGCUCUACACCUGCACUGCCAACAAUUUCAUCAGCAAUUCCUCCAUCGGCAUUUUACUGGACGUGAAGUCUCCGGAAGGCUCAGUGUCUCAUUCCUCAGGCUUCCCUGCUGCCAUUGCAGAGGAAAAUGUUUACAUCGAUAUCCGCAUUGCCAAGCAGACAGUCUACGGCAUCACAAUCGAGUGGCAUGCUGUGACAGACAAUCCAGCUGAAACCUGGUUCACCAUCCAUUUUGGCCGCUACGACACACUUAAGAAGGAGCAGAUAUACAUUGGGCCGGGUAUCAGCACAUACUCUGUCACAGACCUGCUACCAGCCACUAAAUAUGAAAUCUGUGUUACUUUAAAAAACCAGGCUCCUCGGAAUGGCCAGUGCAUUGUAUUUGUGACAGGCAGUGAUUUCAAUGAGAUGGAACAGAGAGAGAAGCUCAUUCAUAUUGUCGUCAUUGUACUUGCCAUGGUGCUCGCUGUGCCCGCGGGAAUGUAUGCCUGCACCACCGAUGCCAAGUUCAACUGCUUUGAGCGAUGUGCGGAGAUGUGGAGAAACAGGAGACAUUCCGAACAGUCUCACACGUCUGACGAGAGGCAGGGCACGUUUGACAGUCUCCAAGCUGCCAGUGAUGAGGGCCUCUGCAAGGAGUCCAGCAAAGAGCGGAAGGCCAGACGAAGGUCUGCUGAGAAGUUACACAAAACAAAGAAUGAACGAAGACCAACAGCCGAGCUGUACUGACACACACACACACACACACACACAAUCAAAGACAUCUAUAGACUCAUUAAUACCCAUGAAAGGAUUCAGGCAAGCCUAAGUUUUAAUUACAUUGUGACAUUUAUCCAGCUUGAGUGGAGAUCCGAGUAAAGUUAAUAUGCUUAUUAUGGAUGCCACAAUCUUCAGAGGAGAGUCUCAACUGGUCAUGAACUCAUGAAUCAGCUGUUGCUGGAUAGAAUUUUACCAGACAAACUGGUAGAAACCAAAGGAAAUCUUUAAAGAAAAGCAAAGACUAUUAAUAUACUGAAUCAAAUGCUUCUCUAGUACAAUUAUAAUCAGAAGGGAACAAAUGCACUUUGACAACUAGUGACAAUUAAUAGUGCUCAAAACAUAGAAAACAUUCAUAAUAUAACUACUGUAUAUAAAAUGUAUUUUUAUCAGUUUUUGAGUGGUUGAGGAUGAUAUUUCUAUUCUAAGAUACAAAUUAUUUUGGGUUAAGGUGCACUUCAUGUCAUGUUUUAUGUAACAGAUUUAUUUUAAUGCACAUAAUACAAAGAGAGAAAAAAAGCAGAUUAGGAUUUUGAUGCCUGAUCCAUAUCAUGUCAAUCCAACAGCAGAACAAAUGGGGACAUUGGUAUUUUGGUUGGUAUGAAUCUUUAUGGUCUUUAUGGUCUGCAACCUCAAUGGUCACGUAAAACAACACCCUUUUUAUCUUGUCAAAAACUCUGCGACCCUUUUCUGUGUAUGUCUCUUUAAAUGCUAAUAAGCUCUGCUCACACUGCUACUCUCUUACGCCUACUCUUAUUUUUGCCAUUCCGAUUUUUUCUUUCUAAGAGCUAUAAUUGACAGCAUAUGGACACAAAAAUCUAUACGGUUUUCAGUUAACUGAAAAUGAGUUGUUUCUGUAUUUAACAAAACAUGUCAUU